AUGCUUGAAGGACCGAAUAAAGAGCUGCUGGCCAAUGUGAAUCCUGAAACGUCAAACUCACUCUCCCUAGAGUCUAGCAGUCACCGGGAGCUGUUUGUCGCAGCGCUCCCUACAGUCAAUGGCGGCGCUUCCAAGAUCCGGAAGCUCUUGAUUGCAAACCGCGGCGAAAUUGCCUGCCGAAUCAUUGAAACCUGUAAGAAACUCGGAAUAUCCACGGUGGCUAUUUACGUCCUGGAGGAUUCGGCCUCACGGCAUGUCACUGAAGCAGACGACUCAGUAUGCAUCGGCAGCAUUAGGGGCACCUCGAAGAAUCCGUUCCUUGACAUCGAUACCAUCAUCCAGGCCGCCCUUGAUACCGGGGCGCAGGCGAUCCACCCAGGUUAUGGAUACCUUAGUGAGAAUGCUGCAUUCGCUGACUGCAGUCGCCAAGCCGGCCUCGUCUUUGUCGGGCCCAGUGGGGCCGCCAUGUCGGCUCUGGGCGAUAAGCGCCUCGCAAAAGAGUACCUGCAGAAGCACGCGCCGGACGUGCCGUUGAUUCCAGGCUUCUCGGGGAAGAGCCAAGACCCUGCCGACCUGGUCAAGGCAGCAACAGAGAUCGGCUUCCCCGUGAUGCUGAAGGCGGCUGCUGGCGGUGGUGGCAAGGGGAUGCGAGUGGUGCGCGACGCUCAGCAGCUACGCACCGAGUUGGCCAGCGCGCAAUCGGAAGCCCAGCAGUCGUUCGGACAUAGUGACUGCAUUCUCGAGAAGUUUAUCGAGCAGAGCAAGCACGUCGAGAUACAGAUCGUGGGGGACCGACACGGCGAGGCGGCUUCGUUCUUCGAGCGGGACUGCUCUGUGCAGCGACGGAAUCAGAAGAUCAUCGAAGAGACACCUUGCUUGUUUUUGGAUGCUGGAGUGAGAUCGCAGAUGGCCAGUGCUGCGGUCCGUGUUGUCAAACUUUUGGAAUACGAAGGCGCCGGCACUGUUGAGUUCGUGUUCGACACUGCCGCGAUGAAGUUUUACUUCUUAGAGGUCAAUACGCGUCUCCAAGUCGAGCAUCCGAUUACUGAGGAGGUGACCGGGGUCGACUUGGUGGCACUACAGUUGUUCGUGGCAUCGGGCGGCAGACUUCGAGACUUGCCUGUGUUAAAGGAACUGAAGCAGACGGGGCAUGCGAUUGAGUGCCGGUUAUGCGCGGAAGAUCCUCGUCGCAAUUUCCUCCCCGAUCACGGUAAUAUUAUGCUGUGGCGACCCGCGAAGCCAGGACGAACAUCCAACUCGGUAGUACGGUACGAAACGGCCAUGCAGUCGCCAUGCACCGUGUCCAUCUUCUUCGACUCCAUGAUCUGCAAGAUCGUGGUUUGGGCCCCAACAAGAUCCGAAGCCAUUGAACGCAUGGCGAGGGAGCUGGCCAAUACCGCGUGCAUGGGAGUCAAGACCAACCAGCUGUUUCUCCAGAGCUGCCUGUUGCAUAACGCGUUCCAGGACCUCGGCUACACGACGGCAUUCAUUCCCCUUAAUCUUCCAGAUUUACUCGAAAAUUCAUAUCUAAAGGAUCCGCCAGAAUAUCUACCACUUAUUCCAAGCGUCUAUUUGGAGAGACUUCGGCAACUUCGACUGCCCGGCCGAACUGCUUUCCGCGGAGCCACAGUAGUGGCCGAGAGAGGACAUGCCCUGGAUGAGAAGAAGCUCAUCAGCGCUGUGGAGUCUGUUGGCUACAGCGCUGAGGUCGGCCCUCGGUCUCCAAAGGAGAUCAUCGACAUGCUCCAGUCGAGGCAAGAGGUAGAAGACCUCAAGAACAGCUUCGCUAGUGUUGCCCGCUACGCAGCUCUGAUACAGACUGUUGGAUAUGCCGCCUCGAAACUCGAAAAGAGGUGGCCGAACUCGGGGUUCGGAGCUCUCAAUCUGUGGCUUGCGCUCGCCCUUGCCACAUACUGCCAGUUCCGCGACGUCUCAUGGGUUCAUUCAAACGGCUGGAAAGCACUGUCCCAUGCUAACCCCAACAUGAACACGCUCGUCUCACUUUCUGUUUGCCUGGGCCUGUCGUUCUCGGUAGUCGACCUGCUGGUCCGGGGACGGCUCGCUUCCUCAUAUCACGCCGCCACAGUCGGACUUACGCUUGUGAUCAUGGCUGGGCGUUGCUUAGGGGCUCUGUCUCGUCGACAGUCAUCGAAAGAUAUUCUUGCAGUCUAUAAACCGCUCGUGGAGCUAGAAUUCACCAGACUUUCGUCAACUGGGCAAUUGGUCCCAAUUGCGGCGACCUGUUCUCUUCGAAAGAAUGGAGUUGUCCUUACAGGUGGGGCUUCCACCAUCGACCGGCUCGCUCGAACAAACUAUCUCAUCUUUGACAAGACCGGGACUCUGACACAAGCUCGUCUUCGUGUCGAGAAGCUGUCGACCCCUCGACGAAUACGACUCACGGAACACGAGUUAUGGACAAUGGUGGCUUGCUGGACAGGUGAAGGCCUCCCCGACGAAAGCGCGAUAUUUGUCUAUGCAGCAAUCGAUGGAGUAUAUGCAGCAACAUUCUCCCUGGUUGACGCUAUCCGGGCAGAGGCAGUGACCUCCAUUCAGAAACUAAAAGGCAUGGGCUACAGCUGUGGAAUGGCAAGUGAUACUGAAAUGGCCGCCGCUCGAGUCUCGGUAUGCCUAAAAGUUCCUAUUCUAGCUUCUGGGGCAACUCCAAGGGACAAAUUAAAUCACGUCAAUAUGAUCCGUGAUAGUGGGAAGGUUGCUGCCAUGGUUGGUGACGGGCUCAAUGACGCGCCGAGCCUAGCGGUGGCAGACGUGGGCAUUCGCAUCUGCCACGAGGGCGCGGUUCCGACUACGGGUGCCGCCGUUACCAUUGUUAACUCAUCACUCAGUGGAGUCGUCCUCCUUCUUGAAGCGGCGCAGCUUACGCAGCGGCAAAUUCGAUUUAAUCUUGGGUGGGUGGCUGUUUACAAUGUGGUAGCCUUGACCAUGGCAGCAGGCGUAUCACCCUUCGGCUUUACUUUGACACCGUGA